CACUUCCACUGACUGUCACGUGCAACAUCUUUGCCGCGAAAAGCUGAAUAAACUGUCAUGAAAACAGACCCAGGGAAAGAAUCUGUAAAUAUAAUAGAAACUGGACUUGAUAGGGAUUAAGUUAAGAGUUAACAAAAUGGCUUCUCAGACCUACAUUGCCAUUUCUGAGCUGCAUCCCAACUUCUUUCAUCCGAAAGUGGCAGGUAUCAUCAUUGGGAAAACUGAUGUCAGAAGCUUUCCUGACAGAAAGAACAUUGGUGAGGACAGAUUCACUUUUGGCUUCACCGUUAAGGACUCGCCUGAUUUCUUCAUUAAUGUGACAGCCUGGGGAAACGACGGAUACAUCAACGGGCUCUCCAGCAGCUUCAGCAUUGGAGACUGUGUCAUCAUUGAAAAUCCUUUAGUUUCCUUCAAAGACCCCGAGAAAGGGGACAGAUUCUGUCCUACAACACCAAGUCUCUACAGGCUGCUGGUGACGGAGGCUCAUUCCCAGGUAUCUCUGUGUGCUGACAUGUACACCAUCGACAGGCUGCUGCCACUAAUCCACUUGCCGGUGAAGGACUCCGGAGAUUUCUACUCUCUGGGAGACAUUGUGGCCAACGGGCAGAGGCUGGAUGGCACAGUGAUAAAUGUACUGGCUGCAGUGAAAUCGAUUGGAGAGCUGAAGCAGUUCACCACUUCAGACAGACGCAAAGGGCAGAGGCUGGAAGUGAAGCUCUUUGAUGACUCUGUCUCUUCCUUCCCUCUCAUCUGCUGGGACAGAGAGGCCAUUCAGCUCGUGCAAACUUUGAUACCCAAAGAGACGGUGCUCUUCAUAGCUGAUGCAAAGAUUAGCUUUGACAGCUUUCGCAACGGCAUGGCAGCAACCGUCAACUCAAAAACCAUCAUCACUGUCAACCCUGACACCAGGGAGGCCAGCCUGCUGUUCAGCUACGCUAAAGAAGUAGCCGAGUCUGGUGCCCUGGAUCAAGAUGAGAAGCCAGAAGAUGUGCCUGUGGAUUCCAUCACUGACGUGUACACAGUGAGCCAGCUGAAGCAGAAGGCCCAGGAGAAUCUGGAGCCUUUCUUUGGCAUCACAUACAGCUUCAUCUCCAAGCUCGACCUUGACUCUUCUCUUUCAAAAGUCAUCAGGACACGCUGCUCCAGGUGCAAGUUUCAGGUGACUGAGGACAUGCAGGGCUGCAUCAACCAGUUGUGUCCAGGGAGGGAUCAGGUCUUUUCAACCAACACAGGCUUUGACCUGCUGGUGGAUUUCACAGACCACACCGGCACCCUGCAUGCCUGCUCGCUCAGAAGCCCAGUGGCAGAAAAGACACUUGGCUGCACGAUGGAGGAGUUUACCAGUUUGACUGAUGACGAGCGGACUGCAAUGAAGUGGAAAUUUCUUUUGGAGAGAUGCAAAAUAUAUGUGAAGAUACUUCCUUCUACUAAAAUGAGGACUGGGAUCAGGGGGACAGUCGUGGCCUGCUCACUGGCUGACCAGGGAGAGGUGAAACAGCACAUGUCUGCCCUGCUGCUGCGGCUGUGAUCACAACACACUGACUGAGUGGGAAGGCACAUCUGUUGCAGUUUGCUGCUUUACCUGCUGUGUGCUAAUGUUCUGACUGAGAUGUUAACCAGGGCAAAAGUCACAUUAUACAGGUGGGCUUUGUGUUUUGUGUAUAGCUUCAUUAUUUAUGUAUUUAUUUAUUUAACUUAUUUAUUUAAAUAUAUAUUAAAGAAUGUACUGCUGGCUUGACCACUUUUUGAAACUGUUAAAUAAAUAUAUCGGUUUAAAAACAGUUA